AUCUUACUACUACAAGACUUUGACUUCAAAGGUCUCCUCUUUGAUGGAAAGCUUAUCUCACUUAAGUGUCACUAACUCCAAGAAUCCAGCCUGAAAAAAACCCAGAAAUCUUGGCUUUAAGACACCAUUAAAUCCCAAGAAUCAGGUUCUCUCUCAGGAAAAAAAUAACCAAGAAUCUGUGUGACGAAACAGAGAUUCAAGAACUUGAAUCCGAGAGCUAGGAGAAGGAAGCUCUUGAGACAACAAUGGCGGGAUUCACAAUGAGCUUGAAUCUGCUUCUACUAGUAGCUAUGGUAGCUACCAACAUCCUCUCUCUCUACCAUCUCUCCUCCACCACCAGCUUCUUCGAAUCCACCCUCAAAUCCUCACCGUCCUCUGUCCCCACUGUCCCCGACCACCUCCUCCGUCAGCUCCACACUAUCCGCUCCGCCAUCAACCACCUCACAACCCACCACCAGCCGGACAAAUCUACUUCAACUUCAUCAACCAUUUCCUCCUCCGCGCCGCCGAAAGAUCUCCUCCUCUACUCUAAGCUCUCUCCCAUAGCUUCCGCCUGCCACAACUACCCCGACCUCCUCCACGAGUACAUGAACUACACUCCUUUCUUUACUUGCCCUUCCGACACCGAUCUCGCCGAGAAACUCAUCCUCCGCGGCUGCCACCCGCUCCCUCGCCGUCGCUGCUUCUCCCGUACGCCGCGAAACCCGACCGAUUCCAAACCGGAGUCGAACGUUAUCUGGUCUUACUACUCGUGCAAGACUUUCGAUUGCUUGACGACGAAGUUCCCCGGUCUAGGUUUCGAUCUCUCCCUCCACAAAUCCAAAUCUCAAUUCUCUUCUUACAAGUCCGAGCUCGAUCUCCCCAUCUCUCAGCUCCUCCAGAUCGCCAAAACCGCCAACUCCGUCCUCCGGCUCGGGAUCGACGUCGGCGGUGGGACCGGAUCUUUCGCCGCGGCGAUGAAGGCUCGCAAUGUAACCGUCCUGACCACGACGAUGAACUUCAACGCGCCGUAUAGCGAGGCGGUGGCGUUGAGAGGGCUCGUGCCGCUCCACGUGCCUCUACAGCAGAGGCUUCCGGUGUUUGACGGUGUGGUGGAUUUGGUUAGGUGUGGACGGGCGGUGAACCGGUGGAUUCCGGUUACGGUUAUGGAGUUUUUCUUGUUUGAUUUGGACCGGGUUCUUCGAGGUGGUGGUUAUCUAUGGUUGGACCGGUUUUUUAGCAAAAAGGUUGAUCUUGAGAAUGUGUAUGCGCCGAUGAUCGGGAAGUUGGGUUAUAAGAAGGUGAAGUGGGCGGUGGCGAACAAAGUUGAUUCGAAACAUGGUGAAGUUUUCUUGACAGCUCUGCUUCAAAAACCUGUUGCAAGAUAAUGAUGAUUAAGGCACUUUCCUCGAGAGUUUCAGAACGUGCAUGUUUGAAGAAAACAGCAUACUGUUGUUGAAGGUUUGGAAGAACAUGAGGUCUUUUUUUCCAGCUGGAAGCACACAAGCAACAAUAUUGUCUUGGAUCAAGUAGGGGGGGCAAAGAUUUGAUGUAUUGUUUGUUAGAGGGACUGAUAAGUGGUGGUAUACAUAAUUUUAUGGCUUCUUCCGUUUGCUUCUGUCAUGGCUUAUAUAUAUACAUAUGUUUUAUUUUUUUGUGAAGGCAGAUUGCAGUUGCAGAUAAGAACCGUUAAGAAGUUUUAGGAUUGAAUUUAAGCU